UUACUUUAAUGGGGCAGAAACGGUCAGCGCCCGGUGCUCUGACAGAUCAAAGUUUUGUAGAUGGUUUUGGACCAAUGCGGGAAGAAAGUAAUGUUAUUCCGUGAAAAAGGGAGCGCUCCAAAAAUGUACGAUGAGAAUUCGCAGUGUAGAUUAUGGAACAGAGCAAACUCACCUGUGUAAUAGAAACUCACCCAAACUGUUAAACAUAGGCGUGGGGUGGGAGAUGCAGCGCGCGCACAGCUACAUCACAGCCUCGUACGCGACGCCCAGGCUCGGCGUGAGCCGCACGAUCAAUUGGCGUGAUAAAAAAAUAGGGGUUCGUAUUCGCUUUCUCUUUUUCUUUUUCUUUUCUUCACGUGUAUACAAGGAACCUUGGUGCUUCCGGUACACAGAAAUGACCGCUGAGCUGACUUGUCUUGUUUCUGGUGUACCUAAAUUCGGAGCACUGUUUGUAUCAGCAAUGUGCGAAUUUGUCUGCUGGCUUCUUUUGUUUCAUCUUGUCGGUUUCAGAAUAGGAGACGGCCGCAGACGCGCCGGUGAUAAGACAGCGCGGAUAUAGCCGCAUGUCGUCUCAAUGUACUGUGGUGUGCCACAAAUAAACCGGCAUAUUGCGUAUCCUUCGCGCGAUUGGCUUGAAGGCUUGCAUUCGGAUCAAAAGACGCGUAGAACGAA